AUGAAAAAAUUGUAUCAUACUAAUGCUGUUAUAUUUUAUAGUCAGAAAAUAUGUGACCAUUUUUCAAUGUUUAAACAUGAUAUCAUCCGAUUAUAUAGUAAUAUUGAAAAAAUGCUUCCACAAGGAGAAAAAAAAAAAAAAAAAGAAAAAAAUUUGAGUCAUAUCCCUUAUUAUGUCCUUAAUAAAAAUCAAACAGACAACGAAAAAUAUAAUUUUGAAAUCUUGAUGAAAAAUGUUAAAAACAAAGCAGAAGAAUAUAAUUUAAUAAAAAUCAAAGAAAUACAAAACAAAAUUUUAAUUCACCUGAACAAAUUUAAUAUCAAUGAAAUUGUUGCUACUCUUAUCCUUUCUUAUAAAUAUAAUUUAUUAAAUCAACUUAUUUUAACCAACAUAAUAGAUAUUAUAUUCCAUAAUUCAGGAUUCUUAAAUAGUAAACAUGUUUUUAUAUUAUUAUUAAUAACCAAAAAUAUAUAUUCCAAAAAAAAUUAUUAUUCCUAUUCCAUACAACAUGAACAAAAACUUCCACAAAAUGACAUGAACAAGUCAGGUGAAAAAGAAGAACAUGUUAUAAAUAGUAAAUGGAAAAAUAAAUUUUUCCAUGAAGUUAUACAAAAUAUGUUAUAUGAUGAUAAUAUAAAUGAUCAUAAAGAAGAAAUUAAGGAAGAUAGUUCUAAUGAAUAUAAUAUCAAUAAUAAUAAAAAGGAUAAUUUAUAUGAUAUACUAUGUAUACCUUUAGAUAAUGAAGAGAAAAUAUAUCCUCCUCAUAAUAUUAUAAAAAAAAAAAAAAAAAAUCAUGAUAAAAGUAAUAAUUACCAGACAUAUGAAAAAAAAAAAAAUUCUUAUAAUAAUAUACAAGUAGACAAUAAAAAUAAUUCAAACAUGGAUCUUAUAAUUCAAAAAUUAAAUAAUCAAACUAUUAAUAAUAAUAAUAAUAAUAAUAAUAAUAAUGAUAUAUGUCAAAAUGUAGUAUAUAAUGAUGAUUAUAAUGUGGACACACUUAAUUAUAUACCGAACAAACAAAAUGAACAAGACAUAUAUUGUGAAAUAAAUAGUACACAGGAUAUAUUUUGUGAACUAAAUAAUAAACAGGAUAUCUUAUUAAAUGAUAAAAUAUCAGAAUUAAAAAAGUCACAUGAAAAAAUUAGAGAAAUAUUACUUAAUAAUUAUAAUCAUAUAUUAUUUAAUUUUACAAAUAAUAUAUAUACUAAUUUAUUAUUAUUAAAUUAUAUGUAUGAUGAAAAUAUAAUAUCAUAUGAUGAAUUUUUCAAUAUUAUAUAUAGUAUUAAUAAUGAAUAUAAUAAUGAUACCUUUGAAAAAAAUGACCUUAAAAAUUAUCAACCCUCAUCAUCAUAUUCUAUUAAUAUUAUUAAUUCAUAUAUACAACAUGAAUCUUAUCAUAUAUAUUCAAUAUAUGAUAUAUAUAUAUAUACACAUAUAAAAUUAUUAAAAAAUAUAUUUAAACAAAAUAAGUACAUGAAAAAAAAAUAUAUUUUUGAACAUAUCCAAUCCAAUAAUCCUAUACAAGAUAUUAUCUAUACAAAUAAAAUAAAUUUUAUACAUACAUUUGAUAGGUUUUUUCAAAAUAUAUUAACAGCAAAACAAAAUAUUGAUUAUAUAAAAUUAUUCUAUUUAAAUAUAUGCUCACAUCAAAUAUUUAAAUUAAUUAUUAUUAAUAACGACCAUAUUACAAAUAUUAAAAUUUAUUAUCCUAUCUUAAAAAAAAUACCUUUAUCACAUAUUAUAGCUCAAUUACAUAUAAAAAAAGGACAGCCAACAAAUCAAUUUUAUUAUCAACUUUUAAACAUACUAUAUUAUUUACAAGAAAAACAAAAACUUAGCAAAUCCAACCAGGGUAUAUUUUAUGAGGAUCUACACACAUCCAGUAUAGAACAAAUGAAUCGUGUAUACAUAUCAUAUUUAAAUUCCUUGAAUGAUUAUACUAUACACGACCUCUUAAUAAAAAAUAAUAUGCAUAAUAUUAAUACAAAAAAUAAUAUUAAUUCAACACAUAAUAUUAAUUCAACACAUAAUAAUAUAUUUCCUCCAAAUACUAGUGUAAUUAAAAACAAACCGAACCAAAUAAAUAUCAACUAUAAAGAUAUUUAUGAACAAUGUAAUAAACCAAAUGUGUUUUUUAUCGAUACACAUAGAUAUUUUUUUAAAUAUUUUAUUAUGGACCUUACCUUUAAUAUUAUUAAUUAUUUAAAUUACAUGGAUAUAUAUGAUAAACUUUUUAUAUACAAAUAUUUAAUUGUUCUUAAUUAUAAAAAUGAAUAUAUAAUAAACAUCAUACAUGAUCAUUUAUAUAAUUUUUUUAUACUAAAACUACAUUAUGAGGAUAUACAACAUAUUUUCUAUUUUUUACAAUAUGUACUUUCCUCCCUUAUAUAUUCCCCUAGUAUUUUUUUUUUUCAUAUUAUAAAUAAUAUUGACAUAACCACAUUCGAAAAAUUAUUGAAUAUUAUUAAAAAGGAAAAAAUAUUUGAAGACCAUACUAAAAAAAUAUAUGAUCAUAUUAAUAUAUUUAUUAAUCAAAAUUACAUAACUGUACACAAGAAUAAAUAUAACAUGAACAAUUCAUUUUAUUAUUACAAAAAAAGGAUAGACCAUUUUCAGAGUGUAUUAUAUGACUUUUUAUUUCUAUAA